UCCAGACUCCAGUCAGCGCUCCAGUUUAGAAGAGACUCGCCCUGAAUAUGAAGUGGUUCAUCGUGCUGAUGGUUCUGCUGAGUGCUGGGAGUGAUGGAGUCCAGGGGAAGGACGUGAGGGUGAAGCUCUGCGGUCGGGAGUUCAUCAGGAUGGUGGUGACGCUGUGUGGAAGUUCUCGACUGAAACGAGAUGUUAAUGACGUUCUCAUCAGAACUCAGACAGAUCAGUUCAACAGCCCUGAAGAUCAGAUGGACCACAGCGCUCCAGACCACCUGAUACCCUCCUCACCAUCUCCACCAUCACUCUCAUCUUCAUCAUUUCCCAUAAUCGUGGAUUCUCCUGGACCUUCAGAAAGCUCCGACAGUUUUCCCCCCUCCAGACGGCGGAGGGACGCGGGACCUGCAGGCAUCUGCUGCAGAUCAGGAUGCACCAAGAGUGAACUGGUUCAGUACUGUUAACUCCAGACCUCCAAAACUACUGAUUAUAAACACGAUUCUUCUACCAGCCAUGAUGAUCCUUCUCUAGCUGCACUGAUGGGAUUGUUCAGAUUCAUCAACAGUGAUUCUUCAUGUCGUCAUUUUCUCCUUAAAUUUAGUUUAAAAAUUAAAUUAAUGAUUCUAAAUGUUAUUAUAGUUCUGUAAUGGUUUAUUAAUGACUCAAUUAUGAAACAGUAAUGAUUCAGUAAUGAUUCAGUAAUUAGUCAACAAUUAUUCAGUAUCGAUUCAAUAAUGAUUCAAUAAUGAUUCAAUUUUUAUUCAUAAAUGAUUCAGUAAUGAUUCAGUAAUGAUUCAGUAAUGAUUCAGUAAUGAUUCAGUAAUGAUUCAGUAAUGAUUCAGUAAUUAUUCAGUAAUUAUUCAAUAACAACAGUAAUAAUAAUAUUAAUAUUAAUAAUGAAUCAGUAGUUGAUGGUUGAUGGUUGGAGGAGAACACGUGUGUAUUUUGUGUGUAACAUGUUUAGUGUUUUUCUUAUUUAUUUUUUUCUUCUUUGCCAUUAAAAGCUUUUUAUUGCGCAAUAUAAUAUUAUUUAAUAGCUUUAUAAUUGUUUUAUUAUUGCUUUAUUAUUAUUAUUAUUAUUAUUAUUAACUGUUUAUUUCUCCACAUCU